CGGGGACAGAGCAGACACAGCAGGACCCCUCUCACCGAUACUUCACAGAGAAGGCCUGAAAACUAUUGAUUCCUCCAGUGUUGACACCAAAGACCAAAUAUAGAAAUGGUGUUCAGAGGCACAAUAGCAGAUUGUCCGGACUUUGAUCCAAGCGCCGAUGCUGAAACCCUUUACAAUGCUAUGAAAGGUAUCGGUAGUGAUAAAGACGCUAUAUUGGAUCUCGUCACCUCUCGGAGCAAUGCACAGAGACAGGAAAUCAUUGCAGCAUACAAGAGUAACUUUGGACAGGACCUGAUUGAAGAUCUGAAGUAUGAGCUGACGGGCAAAUUUGAGCGUCUCAUUGUCAGUCUGAUGAGAACCCCAGCCUACCAUGAUGCCAAAGAAGUCAAUGAUGCAAUCAAAGGAGCUGGAACAAAUGAGAGAUGUCUGAUUGAAAUCAUGGCAUCUAGAAACAACCAAGAAAUGCAUGACAUGGUUGAAGCAUACAAGGAUGCCUAUGGCAGCGACAUUGAAGAGGAUGUAAUCGGAGACACGUCAGGUCAUUUUAAGAAGAUGCUGAUUGUUUUACUUCAGGGGACCAGAGAUGAGUCAGGAGUUGUGGAUGCAGACCUGGUGGAGCAGGAUGCACAAGACCUGUUUGCAGCUGGGGAAGAGCAGUGGGGGACAGACGAGGCCAAAUUCAUCAUGAUACUGGGAAACCGCAGCAUGACCCACCUCCGCAUGGUUUUUGAUGCAUACGAGAAGAUUGCAGAGACGUCCAUAGAAGACAGCAUUAAGAAUGAACUGUCUGGGGACUUUGAGAGGUUGAUGUUGGCUGUUGUUCAGUGCAUAAGGAGUGUUCCCAUGUUCUUUGCCAAGCGUCUUUACAAGUCAAUGAAGGGUCUUGGUACAGCUGACAACACCCUGAUCAGGAUAAUGAUUUCUCGCUCUGAAAAAGACAUGUUGGACAUUCGAGAAUGCUUCCGUCUCAGAUAUGAGAAAUCACUUUACAACAUGAUAAAGGAUGACACAUCAGGGGAUUACAAGCGGACUCUGCUUAAUCUGUGUGGAGGAGAUGACGACUUAGCUGGAGAGUUCUUCCCUGAAGCUGCUCAGAUAGCCUACAAGAUGUGGGAAAUAAGUGCCACGACCAAAGUCAAGCUAAGGCCAACAGUCCGCCCUGCAUCUGAUUUUGACCCUGCUGCUGAUGCUCAAGCAUUGAGGAAAGCUAUGAAGGGAUUUGGAACUGAUGAAGAUGCAAUCAUUGAAAUUAUUGCACACAGGAGCAAUGCACAGAGACAAGAGAUCAGACAAGCUUUCAAAUCCCUACUGGGAAGGGAUCUGAUGAAGGACCUGAAGUCUGAACUGUCAAAGAACUUAGAAAGGCUGAUCAUCGCACUCAUGCUGACUCCAGCUGAGUUUGAUGCCAAAAUGAUGAGGAAAGCAAUGGAGGGGGCUGGGACAGAUGAACACGCUCUGAUUGAGAUCCUAGCCACCAGGAGCAAUGAGGAAAUACAUGCCAUGAAUGCUGCCUAUCAGGAGGGCUAUAAGAAGUCUUUAGAGGAAGCCAUUCAGUCUGACACAUCAGGCCACUUCUGCCGCAUACUUGUUUCUCUUGUGCAGGGUGCAAGAGAGGAGGGCCCUGCAGAUUUCGAAAGAGCUGAUGCAGAUGCUCAGGAACUUGCUGAUGCAUGCAAUGCAGAGUCUGAUGAUAUGGAGAUGAAGUUCAUGAGUAUUCUGUGCACCAGGAGCUUCCCUCAUCUGAGGAGAGUGUUCCAGGAGUUUGUCAAAUGCAGCAAUAAGGACAUUGAACAGAUUAUCAAGAAGGAAAUGUCAGGAGAUGUGAAAAAUGCCUUUUAUGCAAUCGUUCGCAGUGUAAAGAACCAGCCGGAUUAUUUUGCAGAACGUUUGUACAAAGCCAUGAAGGGCCUUGGUACAGAUGACAGAGCGCUGAUCCGCAUUAUGGUCUCCCGUAGCGAGAUCGACCUUUUCAACAUUCGUAAAGAAUUUAAGGAAACACAAGACGAUUCCCUCCAUGAAUUCAUCCAGGUAGAAACUAUGAUCGGUGAUACAUCAGGAGACUACCGCAAAACCCUGCUGGUGAUCUGUGGAGGGGAAGAUUAAACUUGUGAAGUCUCUGCAGCUCCGUUCACAUACUUCAGUGACAAACCACGAGGCAAGAGCGAUCACAGAGCGAAACUGUGGUUGUCAAUGUUAGUAUCUAUUGUCACUGUCCCUAACUGUUGCCACCCCUCAGCCAAAGUGACCUAUGACCUCCUAGCCUUCCAAGCACGUAUUCUGCUCUCAUGUCUGAUCCUUCUAACAGUCAGGAUUAUGUCUUUCUUUCUUUUUUAUAUGUCUCAUGUAAUAUGGAUAUGUUCACAUUAGUGUAGAAAGGUGCCUCACAUGUGCAGCAUAUUGGAGACGUGUAAGUGCUCAAGCAGUGCCUUCAGAUUGCAGGCCAUUUAAUAAUUACUGUGAUUUUAAGGUAUCACACAUACCUGAAUAAAGUGAAAAGA